UCAUUGUCCAUGGAACGUGCUGGUACCACUUGAACCUUGAAAAAAAAAUAAAUAAAUAAUAAAUAAACAACAAAGAAAAAUCAUUUGUCUAAAAAAAAAUCAGUUAUUAUCAAGUGAAAAUUUUAGAAGAAUUAAAGUGAGUUGAUAUCAUCAGCAAAAAGAGUCCGGUUUGUUAAAUAAAAAGGACACUCGAAUAAGCCUCGUACGAAACGGAUCUAGCCUGGAACGGUGGAGUGAGUGAGAAAGAAAAACAAGAAAAUCUGUCAGUAGGAGAGAGACUGCUGGUGACUGGUGAGUGUUUAAUACUAAAGAGAGGCAGAGGAAGAGGGAAUGGUACAGAGUAGUGUAGUGUUGUCGGCCAUGUUACAUUAGCAGGGAUGGGAAGAAGACAAGUAGGCACCAGCACCAGAAGUACACAGUAAUACUACAUAUCUAACAUAUCAGUACUGCCAGUCUGUAUUGUACAUAAGAAUGAUGGUGUCGAGGGUGCGCUGAUUGAAACAACCAGGGAUAUAUCCUAGUGUGAGGAGCAGUGCAGAGACCAGUGCACUGACAAAUAAAACCACCAGCGAUUUAUAUUGAUACUGAUUCGUGUAUUGUCAUGGCUAACCGGGGUACGGUAGCCCAGAGGCCAAAUGGUACUCAAGGCAAAAUUUGUCAGUUUAAAUUGGUGCUGCUUGGAGAAUCUGCUGUUGGAAAAUCAAGUUUGGUAUUGAGGUUUGUCAAAGGACAGUUCCAUGAAUACCAAGAAAGUACGAUAGGAGCUGCAUUUUUAACACAGACAGUAUGUCUGGAUGAUACGACUGUUAAAUUUGAAAUUUGGGAUACGGCGGGCCAAGAACGUUAUCACAGCCUUGCUCCGAUGUAUUAUCGCGGUGCUCAGGCUGCCAUUGUUGUUUAUGACAUACAAAAUCAAGACACAUUCGUACGAGCAACAACUUGGGUGAAAGAACUUCAGCGACAAGCAAGUCCGAGUAUAGUGAUAGCUUUGGCGGGUAAUAAAGCUGACUUAGCGAAUAAACGUAUGGUUGACUUUGAAGAGGCUCAAGCUUAUGCGGAUGAAAACGGUUUAUUGUUCAUGGAAACGUCCGCUAAAACCGCCAUGAAUGUCAAUGAUAUAUUCCUAGCUAUUGCUAAAAAACUCCCAAAGAAUGAGCAAACAGGAAGUGCUGGUACAAGUGGCCAAGGUCGUCGAUUAGUUGAAUCCGAAGGGCAAAAAGCCACGACGAGCAACUGCUGCAAGUGAUUGGCCAAAUCCGUAGGUGUCGCGCGUCUUCAUUUAUCGAUGUUUAUGUACUGUGUACUUGUUAAAGUGACAAGUACAAUGUAUCAAGGGGUACCAAUUGAAUUUGUAAUAAUAAAAAGUGAUCAUCUAAGAUUUAUGAACCACAUGGAGUGUGUUGUUUAAGCAGAAAUAAUGGUAGUUAAUUCUAACUACCAUCAACAAUAAUAAUAAUAAUAUUAAUAAUAAUAAUAAUAAUAAUAAUAAAAUAAUAAUAUUUAAUAAUAAUAAUAAUUAUAAUGAUAAAAAAUUUUUAUUCAAU